AUGCUGCUGCUUGAAAAUCUUGCCCUGUACAUAAUACUUGAGACUACAAUACAAGGCACAAUAUCGAAGGAGAUAAUAGCCUACAUAUCGACAGACGAAGAUGAGGAAGGCUUGGCCAUUUACCGGCACCUGAACCUGUCGCAGACGUACCACUCUCAUAUCCACGACAUGCACAAUAUCAGUGUGGAGCAUACUGUCAUUACAAACACAACAUCUUCAGAUGAGCACAAUGCUUCCAAGAAUCAGAUAUUCUUGAUACCUACGACUACUGUAUUCUACAACGUCAUUCUGGACAUUUUGCCUAGCCUCAACUUAUCAACUAAUGCGAGCGUUCUGUUCGAUUCUGCUUACGCAAACAUGGGAAAAACACGAGAAUUUUUCAAUAUGCUUCCCGUCUUUGUAAACUUCGUAGAAAUCCAGAGCAGUCCAAACAAACUUCAAAAGCAGCUACAAAAUAUCGCUGCAUUUGAACGAGUCAUAGUCGUCGCUAGGACAACAACCGCUGUAAUGGUAGUGAAAGAGGUCUGA